CGUUAUGAUAGUUCAUUUCAGGACAUGCUAUCCAUAGACACAUUACUGACUUUGAUUCACGAUCUUUAGUUUUCACAGCCCUCCCAAUUUAGUUUGCAGCCUCCAGUAAAUUGAGGAAGGGGAGUGACUUGAAGAGAACCGCCGAAGAGAUACCCUGCCUAUAGAGCAAAGAGACCUGGACGGAGCGCUCUCUACUUUAAACCGGAGCUGGAAGAUGAUUGAAAUUAAGAAUACAAUUGCAUGGAUCAACUCUUUAGCAAAGCGUUGCAUAUUUUUUCCCAUCUCUUCAAACUGGAAUAGUUGUUGAAUAUCCCCGACAUCCUUAGACUUCCAAAAGAUUCCCUGCUGAAGUGCGCCCUCUAGCGGCCGCUCCGGGAACAUGAUCAACACUGAACUUUACCGACACUACAACUUCACCGGGAAACUCGACCACAGGCCCGCCAGCGGCGAGGGGACCAGCGGUGGCUCCGUGGACACCAAGACCUUGGUGUUCCUGGUCAUCUGCAGCUUCAUCGUGCUGGAGAACCUCGUGGUGCUCGUGGCCAUAGGGAGCAACAAGAGGUUCCACAAUCGGAUGUACUACUUCAUCGGUAACCUGGCGCUGUGCGACAUGCUCUCCGGGGUGGCGUAUCUCGUCAACCUGCUGCUCUCGGGGGACAAAACCCUGCAGCUGUCCCCGGCCCUCUGGUUCGUCCGGGAGGGGAGCAUGUUUGUGGCGCUCGGCGCUUCGAUCUUCAGCCUCCUGGCCAUCGCCAUCGAACGACACCUGACCAUGGUCAAGAUGAGACCUUACGACCGCAAGAAGAACUACAGGGUGUUCCUCCUCAUCGGCACCUGUUGGAUUAUUGCCCUGUCCCUGGGUGCGCUGCCAAUCAUGGGUUGGAACUGUCUGGGCGACCUGCCCGACUGCUCCACCGUGCUGCCGCUCUACUCCAAAAGGUACGUGGCGUUCUGCAUCAUCAUCUACAUGGUGCUGCUGCUGGCCAUCUCCGUGCUCUACGCCCGCAUCUACACGCUGGUCAAGUCCAGCAGCCAGAAGGUGAACAAGCAGCGGCAAUCGGAGCACGCCUUGUCCCUGCUGCGCACCGUGGUCAUCGUGGUGGGCGUGUUCAUCGCCUGCUGGACGCCCAUCUUCGUGCUGCUCCUGGUGGACGUGGCGUGCAAGCAGCGCCGCCGGUGCCCCGUCCUGUACAAGGCCGACUGGUUCAUCGCGCUGGCCGUGCUCAACUCGGCCGUGAACCCCGUGAUCUACACUCUGGCCAGCCGGGAGAUGCGCCGGGGCUUCCUGGGGCUGGUGUGCGGACCCUUCUGCAAGAUCCAGACCUCGGUGAACGGUAGCGGUGCCAGGCCGUCGCUGGAGCAGAGCCGCAGCAAGAGCAAGUCCUGGGGGAGCGGGAUCAACCAGAACCAGAACCAGAACCAGAUUCAGAACCAGAGCCAGAACCAGCCGCAUGGUUCCUCCAGGAAGGAGGGGGAGAGGGGGAACGAGGCGGGGUCGGGACCCGCUGCUCAGGACACGCUGGUGGGCCAAGCGUGUCCUGAUUAGGGUCAUGGGUAGGGGAGUCCCAGCAGUCUGAAGGAAGACGUGAGGGGUGUGAAAUGAGGGAAGCACGCAAUCUAGGAAGGGACAGAGGUAGUUGAAGUUGAAGUCCCCCCCACACCCAUGGUCCCUACGUGGUACUGAUUUAAGAGUGUUGCUCAUGUCAGCACACUCAGUCAGUAUCAUAUAUUUACCUUCACAUCAAGCUUUUCAUGGCUGCUGCUUCAAUAUAAGCUUUGUAACUGCAUUAAGGAUAACGACAGAAUCAGUACAAUUCAAAGAGCUAUAUUUAAGAAACUGCAGUAAUGCAUGAUGCUAUAUAUUGGUCAGAAUUACAGCCAUUGGAAACCUAUUUAUUAGUAUUCAGGUUGAUGAUGAUUCAAUUUAUUUUGACAUAAUAAUGCAGCAGCCUAAUUGCACAAUUUAUAGAUUAAAGCCAGCAUGGUCUGUGUGUGUUAUGUAAAAAACAGACACACUUUGUUUUUAAAGUAAAUGCUACAUAAUUCUGUUUAUCGAAGAGUUUUUUUGGACCGUGUACUGUCCGAUGGACCAAAGUCAUAUUUGUAAGGAAGUACUCCUGCAAAGCGUUAGAAGGGGAAGAGCCCCAUCUGGUGGUCAAUAGUAAAAGUUGGAGAAUGCUUUUUUUUUGUUUCCAAUUAACUGCAUGUUAAUAAUUCGUUUUUUUUCUCAAUCGCUUUCGUUCAAUUCUUGAAUGAGAAUUAUGUUUGUCAAUACAAAACCUUCAAAUCGCUGAACAAAAUAUAGUCUCUUGUUCACACCAGAUUUUUUUUAUUAUUCAUUUAAGUAAAUUGCACAUAUGUUGGUACAAUUGCAUACGAUUUGCACAAUAACUACAUGCACAUGGCUUGCUGAUGGGAUGAAUGCAUUGAAAAGUUGGUUUUCAGUGUCAGUGUCAUACUCUUCACGACUUCUAUUCCUUUCUUCAGUAUGUGAGCCAUGACAUGCAAAAUGAUCCAUUCAAUUGUCGAAAACCUGUCAGACAUGCAUGUAUAUUCCAUAAAUAUCUUUGCCAUGGA